AUGAAUCUAAAUUUUUUCAUCUGGAAUUGCCAAGGGGCAGCUAAAAAUGAUUUUUUACGAACUUUUAUCUCUUUUUGUGACUGUUAUAACCCUUCGCUUGUUGUCUUAGUCGAACCUAGAAUCUCAGGUCUCAAAGCGGACAAGAUUAUCAAGCGCUCCGGCUUCGAUUUUUCUCAUCGUGUGGAAGCUCAAGGUUUCUCCGGAGGCAUUUGGAUUCUCUGGAAAUCUAACAUCCACGUCUCUGUGAUGUUCAAUCAUCGUCAGUUUAUCCACACUAAAAUUACUGUCGGUGCUACUAACGACGACUUCUAUUUUACUGCUGUUUACGGAAGCCCCCAUUCUCCUGGUCGUCGCACUCUUUGGAAUGAUCUUACUGCUCUUGGUAUGGACAAUAAUGUUCCCUGGCUGCUCGCUGGUGAUUUCAACGCCAUUCUAAAUGCCAUUGACAGAAGAGGAGGCUCUCAUCUAAGAGGCUUAGGCUGUCCACAUUUUAAUGAUUUUGUGGAUUGCAACGCCUUGAUUCAGCUUGAUUUUGUUGGUCCUGCUCUUACCUGGCGCAGAGGUAAUCUCAUGCAGCGCCUGGAUAGAGCUUUGUGCAACGACAAGUGGCUCAAGAAAUAUCCCGAAGCUAUCACCCAUCAUCUUCCGAGAAUUAAUUCUGAUCACAGGCCCAUCCUUGUGAAGCUUCAUAAUCACAAGCACAAUGCUUCUGGCAACAAACCCUUCCGGUUCCUUGCGUCUUGGCUCAUUCACCAUGAUUUUCAGCAGGUCGUCAAGAAUUGUUGGAGCAACAACUCCUCUUUUACGGAUAAUGUGCACCACUUUAUCAAUAACAUUCGCGAUUGGAAUACGAAUGUCUUUGGUAAUGUUUUUAAAUAA